AUGGCUCCACCUGGCCCGUCUGCAGCCGCGCUGCUGCUCCUGCUGCUGGGCUGCUUCGUCUGGAGCUGCUCGGUCCACGCCGACGCUCUGCUGUCAGCUCCGCUCAAUGUGACCAUCAGAGAACUUGAGGUGAACUCGGCCAUGGUGACGUGGGAAAUCUUGGAGGGCGACCCCGUCAUUGGCUUUGCCAUCACUCAACAGAAGAAGGAUGUGCGCAUGUUGAGGUUCAUCCAGGAGGUGAACACCACCACACGCUCCUGUGCAUUGUGGGAUCUGGACGAGGACACUGAGUACAUCGUCCAUGUUCAGAGCAUUAGCAUGGGAGGAAGCAGCCCCCCCAGCCAGCCCGUGCUCUUCAGAACGCCAAAAGAGUCGGAGAAGAUGGCGUCCAAGAGUCCUGAUGAGGUGAUGAUGGAGGAGGUGGGUCAGGCCCAGCUGAGGGCUGGAGAACUCAUCAUCAUAGUUGUGGUGCUCGUCAUGUGGGCAGGGGUGAUCGCCUUGUUUUGUCGCCAGUAUGACAUCAUCAAAGACAAUGAGCCCAACAACAACAAGGACAAAGCCAAGAACUCCUCAGAGUGCAGCACACCUGAGCAUCCACAGGGGGGGCUACUGCGCAGCAAUGUCUAGGACCAACCCUCUAACGCCUUCUGCAAUAACAAACCUUAGAUCUCAGGACAGAUCCUGAGACCAACAAAAAGCC